GUUAAGCCGAAAAAUAACGUUUUAAAUAAGUGUCUGUCUAGCAAAAACUCGAUAAUAUUAUUAAAAAUUGUUUAUUAGUCCAUUUUAGUCCAUUUUAGUAUAUUUUAACUAUGAAUACUGUUAAUUUAACAACUUUUUGCUCUCAGAGUAGUGGAGACAUUAAGUUUAUAUUUGUGAAUGAAGCUGACGAAGGAACCGAAAUUGGCAAUAUGGAAAAAGUUAUGGAUGAAAUUCGAAGCUUGCAUCCAGAUUCAUCUGAUAUUAUCGAUAUCUUGUGUCCUGAUGAAAUAUUUGAGAUUUUGGAACCACCAAACAAAAGAUUUAUUUUUGUAUUUGAAACAUUCGACACUCCAGCAUUUAAUCACAUAUCCAAGAUACCUAAAAUUUACAUUCUCGGCUUAAAAUGUGUCUUGUCAGUCAUUCAUGACAAUUUGGAAAUUCCCGAGUCACUUUUUCAUAUAAAUAACUUGUGCAUGAAAGAUAUGAUUUUGUGUUUCUCGUCCAUUGGAGAUCCAGAAAAGAAAUCAAGGAUGAAGAAAUUUAUUGCAUAUAUGGGUGGUUUAUAUAGCAACUCGUUGACUGAAGACAUUACACAUCUUGUGACUGAGGAUAUAUUUUCAAAAAAAUACCUUCAUGCUGGAUCACGGAAUGUCAAAAUAAUGCACACAUCUUGGAUAGAUGAAAUAUGGAGAUUAAGUCAAGAUUUUAAUUUCAUCGUAACUCCAAAAGUACAUGAUAAAUACAAGCUCAAAAUGUUUUAUAAUAUGGUCUUUUCAUCGACUGGACUAGAUAAUGAGGAAAAGAAAGCAGUCAUAAAAGCUGUCGAGGACAAUGGAGGUGAAUAUAGUCACACGUUUAGGACAGCAACAGUAAAAGUUCUUCUAAUGAAGCAAAAAGACAUUGGAUGUGUAAAAUACAAAGCGUCCACAAAACAUUCAAUUCUAUGUGUCGAUCCAAGCUGGGUAAUUGACUCAGCCAAGACUGGCUAUGCUGUUAAUACAGAAAAUUACUUGAUCACAAAACAAGGAAAAUUAAAGUCAUCAACGCCUACAAAAAACACUUCAGCAUUAGGAAAGUUCAGCUUUGAUAAUACAGUAAUUUCUGAGAUUUGUGACUUUACAGCACGAAGCAUAGCAAUCGAUGAAACCCAAAAGUCAACUCGUGCAUCAACGAAUUUCCACCAAAACAAGCCUGAAAGUUCUGUGAGAGCUUCAAAAAGUCUAAGACCAUCAAAAUCAAGCACUUCCAUAAAAUCAUCGAAAGAAUCAACAUUUAAGCAACCAACAGUGCCUAUUAAGAAAAAAGAUUCAAGUUUUACUGUUCAAUCACCACCAAGAUUUGAUUAUACUGAAGAUGCUUCAGACGAAAGCUUUAUACAAAUUUUAAUUGACAAGACAGUUUGUGUUUAUGGAUAUAGUAAUGAUAUAGACAGCAUGCAAAUAAUAAAGGAAUGUGAAAAAUUGGGUGCUAAACUAGUGGAUUUAUCAUAUACGAAAGCAGUGGAUUAUGUGAUAACAUCCACAGACAUUAUGGAUCUUGAGGUUCCAAAAUUAAAGUAUAAAAAUAUAGUAACAGAUGUCUGGCUUGAAGAAUCAGUUGAAAUUGGACGCUGUGUUGAUCCAGUUAAAUUUUAUCAUCGUUCAUUGUUCAAGAUUCCAGAGAAGCAUCAAGUGCUUAAGGAUGAAAUUUUUGUAUGCUCUAAUUAUGAUUCUAACAGACAACGUCCAUUUAUUCGAUUUUUAGUCAAGCUUUUAGGUGGAGUUUGUAAAGAAGCUUUAUGUCGCGCUGAAGGUCCUAUUCUAAUUUGUCCCUCUGCAGAAGGAAAAAAAUAUGAAGGGUCUAGGAAUUGGGGAUUAACAGUAAUCAAAGCAGAAUGGCUAAUUGAAUGCCUCGUGAGGAAAACGAGAGUUGACGAGACUGAAUAUCUUGUUGGUGAUACAAAAGCUUCAAAAAUGAAUAUUAAGAGGCGUGAGUCAAUUAUUCCUAGCUCACAGGAUAUGUCAAUCGAUAGUAUUGAAGAUGUUCAUUUAAGUCCAGAAAAAAGUAUAAUUGUACCCGAAUCACCAAAAACUCCAUUGCCAAUUAUUGAUGAGGAGAGAAUUGGAAAUCUUUCAUGGCUUUUAGAGGAUUUAACAACACCACAAAGAGAAGUGACCAAAAGAGUUCUUUUAGAGCAUCAAAAAAAGAAUGUUGUGUCACCUAGAACGAAACUUUUAAAAGAUCUUAUGCAAACGCCUGGAACUACUGAAAAGGACUUGAUUGAUUAUGUUCCAUCACCUGGACCAGAAUUGCCAGCAUGUCUAUUACCUCCAGAUCGUAAUUAUGCAUUGUUUCCUGAUUCUUCGCCUGCAACUCAAUGGUGGUAUAAAAGGAGAUUGGAAGCGUUAGAUGACAGAUAUGUUCCUGUGUCGCAAAGUAAAAGGAAGGAAUUAAAAAAUAUUCCCAUGACUCCACCUCUUUCUCAUAUUAGAUAUGACUUUUUUAAAAAGAGGCUAUCAGAUUUUGAUAGCCCUGAUCCUCGCAAUAGUAAUGAAACUGACGGUUUAUUUAUGGCUAGAAUAACAGCAAAUAUGUCUGGCGAAGCAUCCAAAUUUUUGAAUUUUGAGGACACAGAAGCAAAUGGAACAAGUAGUUUACCACCAAAUAGUGACAUAAUAAAACUUGAUGAGCUUUGGAAACAAAAUACAAGUCAAGAAGGAAAAGCUUUACGUAGAAGUUCCAGUGCGCCUCAAGCAGGGGAAGCUGAAUCAAAGAAUAAGAAUAUGAUGGAUUUUAAUCCAAAAUCUCCAGAAGGUCUUGUUCGUUGGUCCAAUACACAAAUGCCAUCAACAGCUGGACUCCAGAAUGAGUCACCAGAAGAAGGAAUAAAAGAAAUGGAUGAUUGUAAGGACAACAAUCAUAUUGAGGAUAUCCAAAACCUUGAAAGUGAUGAAGUUCCUAUAAAUAUGUCAGAAUCAGAAGGUCCUGUAAAUGUAUCUCAAUCCGAAAGUCCUGUAAAUGUGUCACAAUCCGAAAGUGUUGCAAAUGUGUCUCAAGCUGAUGAAAAAAGUCCACAGGAGUUUAUAUUUGCUAUAAGCAGUGGAAUGAAUGCAGAUGACAAACUAAUUCUGACUGAGAAAAUUGAACAGCUUGGUGGGACAGUUGCUGAGCUAGAAUUUACACAUUUAAUUAUGGCAAAAUUAUCAAAAAGCUCAAAGUUCUUCUCGGCAUUAUCCAGUGGUAAAAUAAUAUUGCAUGCUGACUACAUUGAUGAUUGUUUGGAGCAAGGUCGAUUCAUUGAAACUGACUGCUUUGAGUUCGGAAAUCCUCAAUUCAACUGUCAAGUUUUGAAUUUAAAAGAACCACAGCUACUUAGUGGACCAUAUCGUUGUCGAAUGCUCAUGACCAAUAAUCCAGAAAAAUACAAAAACGGUCUAUUCACAGGAAUGAAUUUUAUUUUAAUAGCAGGCAGUGAUAGACGUGCUCAAUUCGUUCAUAUCAUUGAGAUUGGUGGAGGAACUAUCAUUGAUGUACAGCCAGAAUUCAAAGGUUCUGUGCUUAAACGCACUAAAAUAGAUUAUUGUCUGGUGGAAAAUUCUAAAUGCUUAUUUAAAAAGGACGUUGAAACAUUAAAGGCAUGCAACAUAGAAAUUAAGAAUAUAAAGUUCAUUUACGAAUAUCUCUUAAAUGAUGACUAGGUAUAAUAAGUCUUUUGAAUGUGCUG